AUGCCCUUUUUUGCGGAUGAACCAAGAAAUGCUCAAAUGCUUGCUAAGCAUGGAGGAGCCAUAGUAUUGACAAAGUUCGAUCUCGAAUCCAAAUUUGAAAAACGCUCCCUUAGCAGUACGAAGUUGGUCAUUUUUACCCAAACUCAAUUUCUACCAUGUGAUCAUAACUACACCACUUUGCAGCUAUUCUCAAAAUACAAAGUGAUUGGCGGGAAUAUUAGUGAAUCAGCCUAUAAGUUCCAAAAAACUUCUGCGGCACAGCGAACUUGUGGCGAGGUAUGAUU